AAAAGGAUUGCUCUUCGCUCAGACUCAACCUUGCUAUCUCAUUGCUGACCGUCCAGUUGACAACAGACGAUCACCCAUACCAACAACAUCAUGGCCCAAGUCAACCCCGACAAGUCCACCGCCGAGAUUCUCCUCAAGGACAUCUCCGACAAGAAGGUCCCCACCGACGAGCAGACCAUCAAGGACUUCGGCUUCGACCGCUGCAUCACCCCCAAGGGCCAGCAGAAGCUUCUCUCCGUCUACGCCCUCCUCAUGACCGGCCUCGACCCGGCCAUCACCCCGCUCAGCUCCAGGAUGGCCGCAUUCGCCGCCGUCAAGGACAACAAGCACGCCAACACCAUCACCUGGUGCGACUACAACCAGUACAUCUGGAACCCCAAGGACGUCGACUCGGAGCUCGGCGCCCUCGGCGAGGAGACCAUGGGCGCCAUGGCUGGUGCUGCCACCGACGAGGAGUACAUGGCUCGCAUCCCCGUCUUUCUGGCGGGCCAGACGCGUCUCCGCCAGAAGAAGGAGGCUCUCGAGGCCAAGGGCGAGUAUGUCCGCACCGUUCGCGGCAUGCGCUUCACAUCUCUGCCUAAUGUGGACCCGAAUGGACCUCCCGCCGCUGGUCAUAUGAUCUUCUGCCCUGAUGGCUUCAAUGGUGUGCCCGUCAGCGAGGUUGCUCGCCAGUUUCAGGGUAUGCCUGGUGUGACCGUCCGCUUCCCUCCUCGCGGCUGA